GCAGCUCCGGUGGAGCUCACUACAGACCCUUCUCCGUCCUUCUACCGGCUGUUUUUAUGCGUCACCUGUUCGGCUCCGUGCUCGUCUGGACGUGUUCUCUCUUCACGCUCUUUGCUCCCGGUAACAUGGCUUUAAAAGAUCAACCUCAGGUGAUUGGGUCGCGUCAGCCGAUCGUAGCCGUCCUGGGCGAUGACAUCAUCCUGCCGUGCCACCUGGAGCCUAAGUUCAACGUGGAGGGUCUGACGGUGGAGUGGUCGUUGCCCGACCUCAAGCCAGACCCCGCGGAUCCGCUGAGCCGGGUGGAGUACGUGCACCUCUACAGGCACCGGCACGAGGUCCCGGACAUGAAGAUCCGGUCGUACGUGAGGAGGACGGCGUUGUUCACGGACGAGCUGAAAGACGGAAACAUCUCACUUAAAAUCUCCAACGUGACGCUGGCCGACCAAGGAAGAUACCGAUGUUUCAUCCCCAAGUUAAACAGCCCAGUGGACCAGUCAGUGGUCCAGCUUGUUGUUGCACCACAAUCUGAUAAAACCUCGACGACGGAGCCGGAGUUUUAUACCAAACGUCUCCCAGAUCCAGAUCAGACCGACGCAGGUGGUCGGCUUCAUCUAAACCUUCUGAUCCCGUUGGUCGUCUUCGUCUCACUGACCCUGGCUGGUGGAGUCGGUGCUCGUUUCCUUCAACUACGUCAAAAACAAAAUCAUCCGAAUGAUGACGUCGCUUCAACCAAACCACUCACGGUCUGAGGCGCCUUGCUCAAAGGCACGUUGGUAGUUAAUGCAGAGCAGCACUCCAGCCUCAAGUGGACCCGACUGGAUCGGUGAGGUCUUCACGAUGGAUCCGGAUCGGUGAGGUCUUCACGAUGGAUCCGGAUCGGUGAGGUCUUCACGAUGGAUCCGGAUCGGUGAGGUCUUCACGAUUGAUCCGGAUCGGUGAGGUCUUCACGAUUGAUCCGGAUCAAGAAGUAAAUCCUGGAGAGGACCUGUGCCGGAGAUGGAAACCCUCUUUAAGCUGUGGACACGCGGUUCAGCAGCACGAUCACUUUUCACCUCCAGGAGACGAAGAAAGAAGCCGAACUUGAUGGAAGCGCCACUGUUGGCGUCAUAGUUUCACCUCAGAGCCAGCUCUCACUGUGAGGGAAUACGAGGUGUUGUUCUGGGCUUGUUGCUGUCGUAGACGACACAUUCAGGUGUGUUGGUGACCUCCUCCAUAUUGUUUUAUACGGCGCUGUGAUGAGGAGUAAGUUCAGACUUUACCUCGUUAAGCUUUUACUCUCUGAAUGAAAACACGCUGGAACUCAUUUACACCCAAAGCCUGCGCUGUGUAGCGUUAGCGUGAUGAUCAGUGCACUGAGGUCAGAGGGAUUACUGUGUCUGACUGUAUGUUUAUUAAUAAUGAUGUAAGUGUUAAAGGUUACUGUUCACAAGAGUAACACAACAGACCUCCUGAUACAUGAAGUAAUGCCGUUAGUGUUCCACUAAACGAGUAAAUAACGUCAGUUAGCUUAGCAUAAUCUGACGAUCCCUCAUUUAAUACGAACGCUGAAACACAAGGCUGCAUGUCUCCAUGUAUGCAGACAUGCGUUUUGGAAAUGUGUACAGUAAAUAUAUAAUGACGACGUGUGAAACGUAUUUAAAAUGCAGAAUUCAAACUGCAGUUUUUUGAAGACUAAACGCUCUACUUCCUGAAAGUGCCUUUGAGCAGGGCACCUUUACCUCACGAUGCUAUUUAUCUAUUUGAGCACUGAAUAUAAGAAUCUCAAACGUGUAUAGAUCU